CUCUCUCUCUCAGCUCGUCUCUCUCUGUGUACCCGAGAAACAGGGAAGUGAGAAACGCUGAGAAUUAUUACUUUUCUCGAGAAAAAUCAAAUUUUUAAUCGAAAGAGGAAGAAGCUGGAUGAGAAUAAUCUACAAGUUGAAUUAGUUGAAGCACUGGAUUAUUCGAUCGAAUUAUUUCGAUAACUUUUGCUUGUUAGCCAUGGCGGGAAUAGCUUUAGUUUUAGAUCUACUGAAGAAAUCUCAAUCCAAACAACACAGUCUCCACUCAUCUUCGAUUUUAUCCGCCUCCGCCGCCGCCGUUUCUGCUGCCGCCGCUGCUCCUUUCGCUUCUAGGUUUCUCUUCGGUUCUUUUGAGCCUCGCGUUGCGUAUUGUGAUGCUGCUGCUGGAAUAGAUGAUGACUACCUUGGUGCUCUGCGGAAAAUGUCUGCAGAUGUUUUGCAGCGUGAACCGUUUCCAUAUAUUUCUACUUCCAAGGAAUAUAAUAUCCAGCCAAAACCACUUUUCUCGGCCUUUGAGUUCAGGGCACUUGCAAUGACUACUGUGAGAUCCCUUCUAAUGUUCUAUUUGCCUCUUUUGGAGCCUAAAACGGCUUCAGAGGACGAUGAUGAUUUCCUAAACAAUGCUUCAGAAGAAAGCCGUCGCCCAGACUUGAUUGUGCCUCUUAAGAAGUCAGCAAAGCAAAUUGCCCGUGAGACCACAGUUGUGACCACUCGAAGAGUCCUUGAAAGGCUGGCUAUGAGUUAUGUCUCACAGCGUAUGGCAUGGAAACUUCUAAAGGAUGUGCCGCAGUCGGCUUUACGCAAGGCUCAGAGAGGAUUGCCCACACAUGUAUACAUCUUUAAAGUCAGCCAGACAACUCUUAGAGGUCACUUCCUUGGAAUUUCAGCAUCAUGGGUAGUUCAAGUAGGCAUUGAAAUUUACAGAAGUGUGUUCCCGAAAGUUAAACCCGAGGGAGAAGAAGAGGAACAAGUCGAGAUAUCAGAGCAAGCGAAGGAUCUCGGAAAUAAAGUUGUGGGUAUCACAGUAAGAUGUGGGGCUUCCUUAGUGUUUGCUGCCAUAGGAGCUGGUAUAUGCUCGUGCCUUAUCCGUCCCUCCACGGGCCAAUGGAUCGGCUGCGCGUUGGGGGACUUGGCUGGUCCGAUGGUUGUUUCGCUUUGCCUGCAGAAAACUCUUCAAGCUGAUCAUUAAGCCCUUUUGUGGAAAUUGAAUUCUUCCACAUGAUGAUCCAAAUGAAAUCAUAGAGCUUGUUUUUUGUUUCUGAAAUUUUCUUAUUGUCUUCACUGAAACCUUCAAAACAUUGAUUAAUGCUCUCGAGUGAUUCUCAAAAUGUACCUACUUUUUGACAGCAGCACAAUAAAAGUCAGGUAUUUAUUUCCA